UGUACACACACAGAAACGCAUACACACAGAUACAUGUACAUACACAGACAGACACAUGUACAUACAAACACAGGCACAUGUAAAUACAUACACAGACACAUGUACGUACAUACACACACACAUGUACAUACACGCAGACACAUGUACAGAUACACACAUGUACAUACACACAGACACAUGUACAAUUGUACAUGCAUACACAGACACACAAAUACACACACAUGUACACGUGUCCCCACACACACACCCCAUAAAAAGUUGCAGUACUUCGUUGUUCACUCACAGAGCCGGGUACUGCACUCUAGGGGGAAGCAGAGAGCACAGCACACACUCCUUGCUUUGCUUUCACUGCACUCAGCUAUUAAGCAGUCUGACGGCUCCCAGUGCCAAUGACAGAUCCGGCCCGAGCUCCGAGCCUACUCAGGAAGACGGCCCUGGGGAACACACUCGCCCCCACCAUAAUUUCCUCUCACCAUAGGCAAGCGAAAAUUUCAAGCCCUG